GGUGGUGCUUACGGCACCUCCGCGGGCGACACGUCCUUCCGCAAGACACGCAACGCCGACGAGUACGCCCAAAAAGCCAAAGAGCGCACCGCGGCCGAGCGCGAAGAGGCCAAGGCGCGAUACGAGGCCAAGCUCGCGGGCAAGCGGUACUACAAGCCGCGCGACGGGACGGAGACGAUGACGGAGGCGCGGCGGCAGGUGCUGGACCUGAGCUCGCGGGUGGGCAAGACGCAGCUGGUGGCGGCGGGGGCGGGCGUGGGGCGGCGGGGCCGCGGCGCCGGGUUCUACUGCGAGGCGUGCGACCUGACGUUCAAGGACAACGUGCAGUGGGUGGAGCACAUCAACAGUGGGCAGCACCUGGCAAGCAUGGGCCAGACGCUGGAGGUGCGGGCGGCGGGGGCGGAGGAGGUGCACCGGCGGAUCGAGGAGGUGUGGGAGAGGCUGCAGGCGCUGCAGAGGGAGAAGGAGACGGGGCUGCAGGAGCGCAUCAAGAUCCACGAGGAGGACAUGGAGAGGGAGCGGGAGGAGAAGCGGAGGCGGCGGAAGGAGGCCGAGGACAAGAGGCGGGCGGAGAGGGAGAAGGAGACGACCGCCAAGAUGGACUAUGGCGAGGAUGUCAGGAUCGAGGGCGAGCAUGACGAGGACGAUAUGAUGGCUGCCAUGGGCAUCAGCGGGUUUGGAACAUCCAAGAAGUGA